CUUUUGGAUGUGAGCUGGCGGAACAGGGUCUGCGAGGGAGUUGGGCAGCUGGUGGCAGCUCCCUGCCUGCAGUGUGGGUGAAGGAUGGGUCCUGAGCAGGACCCCGGCCCUGGACCUGCGCUGCUGCAGCUGCUGCACCUCCUGUGGCUGCUGCCCCACUCCGGGGCCGCCCCUCCAGCAGCUGCAGGGUGGCGGGCCGGCCUGCAGAACCACACGUUCCAGCACACGGUGUACUGCCAGGACUGGAGCCCGGGCGUGGGGCUCUCCGAGACCUACGACGAGGACCAGCUCUUCUCCUUCGACUUUUCCCAGAACACCCGCGUGCCUCGCCUGCCCGAAUUUGCUGACUGGGCGCAACAGACUAGAGAUAACCCCACCAUUUCCUUUGACAAAGGGUUAUGCCAAACCUUGGUCCAGGAAGUAGGCCCACAGCUUGAAGGGAAGAUCCCGGUGUCUAGAGGGUUUCCUGUGGUCGAGGUGUUCACGCUGCAGCCCCUGGAGUUCGGCAAGCCCAACACGCUGGUCUGCUUUGUCAGCAACCUCUUCCCCCCCUCGCUGGCGGUGGCCUGGCAGCAUCACCUGGCCCCCCUGGAGGGCGCCGGGCCCACCUUCGUCUCAGCCCUGGAUGGGCUCACCUUCCAGGCCUUCUCCUACCUAAACGUCACGCCGGCGCCCUCCGACAUCUUCUCCUGCAUCGUCACCCACGAGAUUGACGGCUACACAGCGAUUGCCUACUGGGUGCCCCACAACGCGCUGCCCUCACACCUGCUCGAGAAUGUGCUGUGCGGCAUGGCCUUCGGCCUGGGCGUGCUGGGCAUCCUCGUUGGCGUGGUCCUCAUCAUCCGCUUCCGGAGGCCGUGCUCCGGCGACUGACUUCCUGAUCUGAGACUGACGCCUGACCCUGGCCAUCCAGCAGAGCUGCUCCCCUUCCUCACGGGCUGCCCGGCCCCACUCCUCCUCAGAGCAGAAGGCCUGGGGCUGUGCCCGUGUGCCCGUGUGUCUGUGCAUGUGUGUGCAGGUUUCUCAGCUGGGGCUGUGCUGCCCCGGCCUGCAUCCCAGGGAGCCAGUGGCCGUUCUAUCGUGACCACAAUCGUUCCACUUCAAGGCAAUAAAUCUCGUUACUUU